UUUUUUAAUUCCUUGAACCAAUUUUUCAUGCUCUAUUGGUACCAGGAGAAACCAGACACAGUAGCCAUGGUGUUCAUCACAUCCCUAAACCAGAAAACAUUAGCCCUAAACCUAAACCCUAGCUCCACCACUCUUCAUGACCUAAAGUUCGCUAUCAAUGAAAUUUCCGGCAUACCCAUUUCUCUACAACACCUCUUCUUCUCGCAGAGCCUCAAAUUGUUCUCAAACACCGAUUCCACUCUCCUCUCCGAGCUCGGUGUUCGACCCUAUUCAACCCUAACCCUCCAUAUCCCCUUGGUUGGCGGGAUGCAAGCCCCUACUAUCCCUAAACCGCGCCUUGAUUUCUUGAACUCAAAGCCCCCGUCCAAUUAUGUCGCUGGGCUCGGUCGUGGUGCUACUGGGUUCACCACUCGGUCUGAUAUUGGUCCCGCCCGAGCCGCUCCUGACCUUCCGGACAAGUCGGCCACCACAAUAGGCGGUGCAGGGGCUUCUGCUGUUGGUCGAGGGCGCGGGAAGCCCGGGGAGGAGGAGGAAGAGGACGAUGGCGAGGACAAAGGUUACGACGAGAAUCAGAAAUUCGAUGAGUUUGAAGGUAAUGAUGUGGGGUUGUUCGCCUCAGCUGAGUAUGAUGAAGACGAUAAAGAGGCUGAUGCGGUUUGGGAGGCCAUUGAUAAGAGAAUGGAUUCGAGGAGGAAGGAUCGGAGGGAGGCUAGGUUGAAAGAGGAGAUUGAGAAGUACCGAGCUUCGAACCCGAAAAUUACAGAGCAGUUUGCUGAUUUGAAGAGGAAAUUGUAUACUAUGUCUUCCAAUGACUGGGAUAGUAUACCUGAAAUCGGAGAUUAUUCGUUGAGGAAUAAGAAGAAGAGGUUUGAGAGUUUUGUUCCAGUUCCAGACACACUUCUUGAGAAGGCAAGACAGGAGCAGGAACAUGUCACUGCAUUGGACCCAAAGAGUAGGGCUGCAGGUGGCACGGAGACGCCAUGGGGCCAAACCCCAGUUACCGAUUUGACUGCUGUUGGUGAAGGAAGAGGUACUGUAUUGUCUUUAAAAUUAGAUAGGCUUUCAGAUUCUGUUUCAGGGUUAACUGUUGUGGACCCUAAGGGGUAUCUUACUGAUCUUAAAAGUAUGAAGAUUACUAGUGAUGCUGAGAUUUCGGAUAUUAAGAAAGCUAGAUUGUUGCUAAAGAGUGUUACUCAAACAAAUCCAACACACCCACCGGGGUGGAUUGCGGCUGCAAGGUUAGAAGAAGUGGCAGGGAAGAUUCAGGCGGCAAGGCAGCUGAUUCAGAAAGGGUGUGAGGCGUGCCCUAAGAACGAGGAUGUCUGGUUGGAGGCAUGUAGGCUUUCAAGCCCUGAUGAAGCCAAAGCUGUGAUAGCAAAGGGAGUGAAAGCGAUACCAAAUUCGGUGAAGUUGUGGAUGCAGGCCAAGGAUUUGGAGCAUGAUGAUGUAAAUAAGAGUAGGGUUUUAAGGAAAGGAUUGGAAAAUAUUCCGGAUUCAGUUAGGUUGUGGAAGGCAGUGGUAGAGCUAGCUAAUGAGGAGGAUGCUAGACUUUUGCUUCAUAGAGCUGUGGAGUGCUGUCCAUUACAUGUGGAGCUGUGGCUUGCACUUGCAAGGUUGGAAACUUAUGAUAGUGCUAAGAAGGUUCUUAAUAAGGCAAGAGAGAAGCUUCCAAAGGAGCCUGCUAUUUGGAUUACAGCAGCAAAGUUGGAAGAAGCUAAUGGAAACACUUCUAUGGUGGGAAAGAUCAUUGAAAGGGGUAUAAGGGCUUUGCAAAGAGAAGGGCUGGAGAUUGAUAGAGAAGCCUGGAUGAAGGAGGCUGAGGCUGCUGAACGAGCAGGGUCUGUUGCCACUUGCCAAGCUAUCAUUCAUAAUACAAUUGGAAUUGGUGUGGAGGAUGAAGAUAGGAAGCGAACAUGGGUUGCUGAUGCAGAGGAGUGCAAGAAAAGGGGUUCCAUUGAGACUGCCAGAGCUAUUUAUGCUCAUGCACUUACUGUCUUCUUAACCAAGAAAAGCAUAUGGCUCAAGGCAGCACAGCUUGAAAAGAGCCAUGGGACUAGGGAAUCUCUUGAUGCUUUACUUCGUAAAGCUGUUACGUACCGGCCACAGGCUGAAGUUUUAUGGCUCAUGGGAGCCAAGGAGAAGUGGCUUGCUGGGGAUGUGCCUGCUGCUCGAGCAAUCCUUCAGGAAGCUUAUGCUGCUAUUCCAAAUUCUGAGGAAAUUUGGCUUGCUGCAUUCAAGCUUGAAUUUGAGAACCAAGAAAUUGAGAGAGCUAGAAUGCUUCUUGCUAAAGCUCGAGAAAGGGGAGGCACAGAGAGAGUAUGGAUGAAAUCAGCAAUUGUUGAACGAGAAUUGGGGAAGGUGGACGAGGAGAGAAGGUUGCUUAAUGAAGGUCUGAAGCAAUUCCCAUCAUUCUAUAAGUUGUGGCUGAUGCUGGGACAGCUAGAGGAGCGGCUUGGUUGCUUGGAAAAAGCCAAAGACGCUUAUGAGUUGGGUCUGAAGCACUGCCCACAUUGCAUACCUCUUUGGCUUUCUCUUGCUAAUCUUGAAGAGAAAAUGAAUGGACUGAGUAAAGCCCGUGCAGUUCUUACCAUGGCCAGGAAGAAGAAUGCUCACAAUCCUGAACUCUGGCUUGCUGCAGUUCGUUCUGAGCUCAAGCACGGCAACAAGAAAGAAGCUGACAUUUUGAUGGCAAAGGCACUACAGGAGUGUCCCAACAGUGGUAUACUGUGGGCAGCCUCGAUUGAGAUGGUACCUCGUCCCCAACGCAAAACCAAGAGCUCGGAUGCCCUCAAGAAAUGUGAUCAUGAUCCCCAUGUUAUUGCUGCCGUGGCUAAGUUGUUCUGGCAUGAUAGGAAGGUGGAUAAAGCUAGGACUUGGCUCAACAGGGCUGUGACUUUGGCUCCUGAUAUUGGUGAUUUUUGGGCUUUAUAUUACAAGUUUGAGCUUCAGCAUGGAAGCGAUGAGAACCAAAAGGAUGUUUUGAAAAGAUGUGUUGCUGCUGAACCAAAGCAUGGUGAGAAAUGGCAAGCAAUAUCAAAGGCAGUGGAGAACUCUCACCAACCAAUUGAAGCAAUCUUGAAGAAAGUAGUGGUUGCCCUUGGGAAGGAAGAAAGUGCCGCGGAAAAACACUAGCUACUAGUUCUUCUAUGUUGUAGAUUUUUUGCUUCUCUCAAGGUCACGUGGUUGAACAUUGUAAGGAUACCAUUUUUAUACAGGCCUCACCACAAUGAGGCAUAUUUUGAAUGCUAACAGGGAAAUAAGGAGCAAGUAAUAUCACAGAGAAUGUAGGAGUAGAUGCUAUGAAGAUGUGGAUGGAUAAAAGUGGCCCGUCUUUGAAAAUAAGAUUUAUUCUUUCAAGGUAUAUACCAACAGGGUUUCUAUUUGAUUCUCUAUGUACAGAACCAGGGCCUUGGAAUUUGGCGGUACAAAAUUUUCUAUUAUUUUAUAAUUGGUGUUGGAAUAAGCAUAAAGGUUAUUUAUGGAACAAUUUACUAAUACUAGAGGAACGAUUGAAAUUUAUCUGAUCAUUACUUAUCUGCAUCUAUGGAACAAAUUGGCAACUAGUAUCAAGUUUUGAACUUUAUGAGUACA